AAAGGCUGCUGUGGCUGAGUCUUAACUGACUGAAAUUAUCUUUUUUUUUUUAAAAAAAAAAGAGGAAGCUGUUGUGGUUUAAGGUGGAGGCUGCAACUUUUGCUUGCGGAUGUGUCAUGCAGGGGCUUGAAGUUAUCAGGCGAGUGAUAAGAAGCUGUUUUUUAUUUGCAUUUCCUCUGGCAAAGGGUACAUGACUGGACUGUUCAUCCCAAGGGCAGCUGUACCUUAAUGAGGUCCUCCAGAUUUCAUACAUGAUGGACUUCAACGAUUCCCAUACUCUGCUUUCUGGGGAGGAGCUCAUCUACACCAUCACCAUACCGCUGUCGACCUCCAUCAUCCUGGCCAACCUCGUCAUCAUCUUGGGCAUCGCCUGGAACCGCCAGCUCCACAACACGCCCAACUACUUCUUCCUCAGCCUGUUGGUGGCAGAUUUGUGUACAGGCGUGGCGCUACCUUUCAUACCAUUAAUGGGUCUGAACCGGGAGUUAAGUUUCAGCUCCUGCAUGGUGGCUCACAUUUUCCCAAACUUCCUCUUCCUGGCGUUCCUUUUAAACUUAGUAAUGGUCCACUAUGAGCGCUACAUUUGCAUCGUCGACCCCUUGCACUACAGUAACUUGUGGAUGCAUCGCAGUUUUCCUCUUGCAUUGCUCGUGGUGUGGACGCCGCCACUUCUAUACGCAUCUCUACCUGCUUUUGGGUGGAAUAAUUGGACUGGGCCAGAUUGGAACAGUUGUUGUGCGAGCAGCCAAAAGUUUACACCGCUUUCAAACUGUUCAUCGAACGGAACGACCUGCUGCUCGUACAGGCGAGUGUUCCCCAAUGCGUUUAUCUACUUGGAGGUUUAUGGACUCGUCUUACCUGCUAUUCUUACAAUCGCUGGCAUGACUGGACGUGUCCUAUGGAUCACUCGAGGUCAGCUGAAGGACAUUUGUCGUCUCCAUCGCUCAGUGGAGCGAGGAAGUCAAGCCUCGGACCAAGAGCACAGGCUCAACCUGCGGUACACUCGCUGCGUGGUGGCGGUGUCGCUGACGUUUCUCGCCUGCUGGGUUCCCUACCUCAUUUACAUGCAUGUCUGCAUAGCGUUUCUGAUCAGCGACACCAAGUGGAGCUCCACCACUCACAUCGUGCUGUCGUGCACUGGUAUCGGAAGCAUGGCCGUGGUGCCGCUGGUGCUCGGCCUGGCUAACAGGCAGUACACAGAACCUGCAUACAAACUUCUCCAGAAACUCAGAGACAGGUGGAGGCGAAGGACGCAGGGAGCAGAGGAGGUGGCAGUGUGAAAAAAUACUGAUGAAUAUUUAUGAAGAUGAAUCGCCAAGAAACGCAAAAGGUUGAUGAACAUCAACCGGAAGAAGUCACAUUUGCAUUGUUAUUACAAUUUAUAAUUCUAAAGGUAAUUUAACUCAUUGUUCCAGACGACAUUUCAUAAAAUUAGAGGAUGUGUUCUGUAAUAGACAUUGCCUGCUUAACCAGCUCCUGUUCUGGCAUGACACCGGCUCAGCUCCCUGUCAGCAGGUCUGAAAACCCCCGGUGGUCCAAAACUUCUCCUGGUACCAAUACUAGCACCCCUCUUGUGCUCUUAGCUCACAGUCUGUGAAAGUCUGUGAAGGUUCUCAGUCAUUGAGGUCAUCUUUCUUUGGGAAGGGUUAAAUCUGAGGCAACUGGACUUUGUUGUCGAUCCGUGAUCAUCCAAGAAGCUUCUUCAGUUCAUGUCCAGGUGCUCCAGAUUUCUCGUCGUCUCCUUGGUUAUUUUCUUACCUGAUCUCCUGCAGUGUUGUACAUUUUAUAAACAUAGCUCAAAGAGGUACAGUAUAUCCUCUUUUCUCUUUGUGCUGCAUCAGUUUAACCGGUUGUAGAUUUUCUCUAUCAGUCACCCACCUGCGUGCAAUGUUUACUCCUACUUCCCUCACUAAUGUUUAUCUAUAUGCUAGUUUACAAGCUAAAGAGUGGGGGGAUAUGCAUAUACAUCUAGGAGAGAUCAGGACUUCAGCACAGGAAAGGUCAAAACCAUGUCUUUAGAGAAACAUCUGAUCCUGAAAGUUUAAUUUACGGUAAAGAUCCAAUCAAGGGAAAUCAGAAUUGAUUGCUAUGUGUCUCCCCAAUUGAAAUGUGGUUUUAAAUGCGCACAGUACGUGGGUGGAAAAGAGUCUGCCAGUAAAUGCGAGCUGAGGAGGAAAACCAGACUUUAAUCAAAUUAAAGAGCAAACAAGGUCUCGGCUGUUGUGGGACAUUAGGAAAGAUGGGAUACCAUCCUGGGUCAGGGUACGCUGUAUGUCUUUUGUACGUGUUUUCCACAUCGGAAUAUUACGGUAUGUACAAAUGUGUCCGGGAGACAGAGGAGAACAGGAGGACGAGGAGGAGGACGACGAGACUAUUGGGCUCCAGCUCCUAAUGAGCAAUUGAUAUCUGUAUCAAUCAGAAAGCCUCUAACUUGUUUUAUCCAACAAACACACUGGGCCCAAAUUGCAUCUGGACUGACGCCACUCUUAUGGCUCUACGUUACCUGGAGCCUGUUAGCUUAGCAUAGCCUGGAAAUGUGGAAACAGCUCGCCUAAAGGUACCAGAACCUGCCUAUCUGUGCAAUAAUCAACAGGCUGUAUCGUAGUUGCUUAAUCCGUGCAAAAGAUGAAGUGCAAAAAUGGCUAUUUGUCGUUUUAUUUGUGGUUAUGUGCAAAAAAACUAUUCGUAGCUGGGAGCCUUAUCCAGGUUUUAUGUUUUAUGUUAUUUACUGUACAUAUCCAAGAGUGGUGUCAAUCUUCUCGUCUAACUCUCUGCAAAACAUUUCUUCAAGUAACUAUACUCUGUGUGUAAUUGUGUGAAAGAUAUAUUGUUCGUGUUGCUUUAUUUAUUGGCUGUAUUCCAUUUGCAAGUACUUGUCUGUAAACAGUAAAUGCUGCAAUGUCUCUUUGUGUUUCUUUGAGGUACAAGAGUGAGGUGCUGCCCGAGGUUCAU